GGGGCCCCGGGGGAGCCCGGGCUGGGCAGAUUUCCUUAUCCGGGGCUGGCAGGGCACCUCGCCAUUGGCCCGCGCUGUCACAUGGACUCCAACUUUGUUCACUUGACAAAAUUAAUGGCCAUGAGCUCGUUUUUGAUCAACUCCAACUAUGUGGACCCCAAGUUCCCACCCUGUGAAGAGUAUUCCCACAGCGAUUACCUUCCCAAUCACUCGCCGGAAUAUUACAGCAGCCAGCGGCGAGAGAGCACUUUCCACCAUGAAGCGAUGUACCAGCCGCGGUCAGCCUGCAAGGAGCAGCUCUACUCGUCCUGUCAGAGCUCCGGCCCCCCAGCAGCCGUCUUGUCCCCCCGGGGUCGUGUCCAUCCUCCGGCCGGACCGCAGAGCCGCCUCUCGGAGCCGAGCCACCCCUGCGAGCCGCUCACCCCCAGCCCACCGCCCUCCUGCAGCCAGAACUCCCUCCACCAAAGCCCUUCCGAUUCCUCCUGCAAGGAGCCGGUAGUUUACCCCUGGAUGAAAAAAGUCCAUGUAAGCACGGUAAACCCCAAUUACUCAGGAGGGGAACCGAAACGCUCCCGCACAGCCUACACCAGGCAGCAAGUCCUGGAGCUGGAGAAGGAAUUUCACUAUAACCGCUAUCUCACCCGGAGGCGCAGGGUCGAGAUCGCCCACUCCCUCUGCCUCUCCGAGCGCCAGAUCAAAAUCUGGUUCCAGAACAGGAGGAUGAAAUGGAAAAAAGAUCACAAGUUACCAAAUACCAAGAUCAGGUCUAAUUCUUCCAGCUCCUCUGCCAGCCUGCAGAUCCCACAAGGAGGAUCUCAAACCCGAUCCCAUGGACCAGCCACCAGCCUAUAA